AUGUUCGCCACCAAGACUACCCCUCUCUUCAACCAGAUUCGCUCAUACAGCACCGUCAAGGGCCUCAACGAGGUUGUCAUUGUCAGUGCUGUCCGCACCCCCGUUGCCUGCUUCAACGGUGCCUUGAAGAGCUUCUCUGCUCCUCAGCUCGGUUCCAUCGCCAUCCGCGGUGCCAUUGAGAAGGCCGGCAUCAAGGCCGAUCAGGUCGAGGAGGUCUACAUGGGCAACGUUCUCCAGGCCAGCGUUGGUCAGUCCCCCGCCCGCCAAGCUGCCUUGGGCGCUGGAUGCCCUCUCACCACCGAGGCCACCACCAUCAACAAGGUUUGCGCUUCUGGCAUGAAGGCCGUCAUGCUCGCUGCUCAGAACCUCCAGACCGGUGCCCGUGAUAUCAUGGUCGCUGGAGGCAUGGAGUCCAUGUCCAACGUUCCAUUCUACUCGCCCCGCAACGCUGGCUACGGACACCAGGUCCUUACUGACGGUAUCAUCAAGGAUGGUCUUUGGGAUGUCUACAACCAAUUCCACAUGGGUAACUGCGCUGAAAACACUGCCGACAAGCUCAAGAUUACCCGUGAGCAGCAGGAUGCCCACGCUGUCGAGUCCUACACCCGUGCUGCCAAGGCCUGGAAGGAUGGCGUUUUCGCCAACGAGAUCAUCCCCGUCACCAUCAAGGACAAGAGGGGAGACAAGACCUUUGCCGAGGAUGAGGAAUACAAGAACGUCAAGUUUGACAAGAUCCCCAGCUUGAAGACCGUCUUCCAGAAGGAGAAGGGUACCGUCACUGCCGCCAACGCCUCGUCCUUGAACGAUGGCGCCUCGGCCCUUGUCCUUAUGACCCGCGCCAAGGCUGAUGAGCUCGGCUUGAAGCCCCUCGCCCGCAUCUUGUCCUUCGCCGAUGCCGCUAUUGCUCCCGUCGAUUUCCCCAUUGCCCCCGCUUCUGCCUUCCCCAAGGCCCUCGAGAAGGCCAACUUGAAGAUCGAGGACAUUGAUCUUUUUGAGUUCAACGAGGCCUUCUCUGUCGUUGCCCUUGCUAACAACCAGCUUUUGGGCUUGGACCCCAAGAAGGUCAACAUUGCCGGUGGAGCUGUUGGUCUCGGUCACCCCAUCGGUUCCUCUGGCUCCCGCAUCCUCGUCACCCUCACCCACUUGUUGAAGAAGGGUCAGAAGGGUGGUGCUGCCAUUUGCAACGGUGGUGGUGCUGCCUCCGCCAUGGUCAUCGAGCGCCUUUAA